GAAUGAAAAUGUCCUUGCCUUUCGUGUGAAGUCUCGCGAUACUUGCCGCCGCGCGAACUCGCAGGAAGAAGCUGAGCUGGAGGGAUCAUGGCGGAGCGAAGGAGACACAAGAAACGGAUCCAGGAGGUGUGCGAGCUAACUAAGGAGGAGAAAGUGGUGGCCAAGCAUCUGCGCUUCAACUGUCCCACCAAGUCCACCACCAUGAUGGGCCACCAAAAGGUCGACUACUUCAUCGCCUCCAAGGCGGUGGAUUGUCUGCUGGACUCCAAGUGGGCCAAAGCCAAGAAAGGAGAGGAGGCGCUCUUCACCAGCAGAGACUCCGUGCUGGACUACUGCAACAGACUUCUGAAGAAGCAGUUCUUCCAGCGUGCUCUCAAAGUGAUGAAGAAGAAGUCGGAGAAGGACAAGAAGUCCAAGGGCGACAGCGGCAAAGAGGAGGAGAAGAAGGCAAAGGAGAAGAACAAGAAGAAGGAGGCGGACACGGGCAGCGAGAGCAAGAAGGAUACUAAAAGUGAUGACAGCCCAGGAAGUCCCAAAAAGAAGAAAGAGGUGAAGAAGAAGUUCAAGCUGGAGCUGCACGAGGAUCAAAUGUUCCUGGAUGGAAACGAGGUCUACGUGUGGAUUUACGACCCCGUGCCCUUCAAGUCCUUCGCCAUGGGGCUGAUCCUGGUCAUUGCCGUCAUCGCCGCCACGCUCUUCCCGCUGUGGCCGGCAGAAAUGCGCGUGGGCGUGUACUACUUGAGCGUCGCCGCCGGAUGCUUCGUGGCCAGCAUUUUUCUCCUGGCUGUCGCUCGCUGCAUUCUCUUCCUGUUCAUCUGGCUGGUGACGGGCGGCCGCCAUCACUUCUGGUUCCUUCCCAACCUGACGGCCGACGUGGGCUUCAUCGACUCCUUCCGCCCGCUCUACACCCACGAGUACAAAGGCCCGCGGGGCGGCGCCAAGAAGGGGAACAAAGACGGCGUCGACGAGGGCCAAAAAUCCGACAGCGACGACAAGUCCGACAGCGAGAAGAAGGACGAGGAGGAGGAGGAGGAUGAGGAGGACGAGGGCAAAGAGGCGGGGCUAGAGGAGCGUAAAAGCGACUGCCACACGGACACGGACAGCGACCGCAGGGAAGACGAAGGCUCGCAGCACAGCAACGGCAACGACUUUGAGAUGAUCACCAGGGAUGAGUUGGACCAGCACACGGAAGAGGACGAGGAAAACCAAGAACGAGGAGACAGUGACACGGACAUUCAGACAUAAACUUCCUGUCUACUUUCCUCUUCCUCCCUCCCACUAAAUGUCCACCUCACAGCUCCAAGACUUGGACGUCCCGUCCUACUAAACUAACAAAAAAAAGGUUUGAUCUCUUCCUUGACAAUAUUUGCUGAGUCUCUUGGUUUCAUGGCGAGACAAUCCCAGGGACCAAACUAACGCUGUGCUUUACCCACACCAAGAGGUUAGUAUUGGUGGAAAAGUCCAGUUUGAAGGUGCCAAAUGUGACAAAGAGUGUGGCCUCAAACAAGAAGAGCACAGUUUUAGCAAUGAAAAAUGAUCCUUUUUAACAGAAUGAAUAUGUAUCAUUUAUAGAUCAAGCAAACACAAUUAUGCAUACCAUGUCUGCCUCCUCACUUCUACUGCACACCUGGGCAAGUGAAGGCCCGGGGGCCACAUGCGGCCCGUUAACCUUUUCAAUCUGCCCCGCCGGACAUUCCCAAAUACAUUUUUUUUAGAUGUUUACAAUGUAAAGUGUAGCUGCCAUUAUGAUGUGCACUCAUGUUUUCUAAUGACCUUCAACUAUACUAACUAGGGAUGUCCGAUAAUGGCUUUUUGCCGAUAUUCCGAUAUUGUCCAACUCUUUAAUUACCGAUACCGAUAUCAACCGAUAUAUGCAGUCGUGGAAUUAACACAUUAUUAUGCCUAAUUUGGACAACCAUGUAUGGUGAAGAUAAGGUACUUUUAAAAAAAAAUAAAAUAAAUAAGAUAACUAAAUUAAAAACAUUUUCUUGAAUAAAAAAGAAAGUAAAACAAUAUAAAAACAGUUACAUAGAAACUAGUAAUUAAUGAAA